GAACGGUGGAACCGGGACUCCCCGAAACUUCUCACCACGUCCACGAGCAAUCGAACGGACGGCGAACGCAGGAGGAGUCCUAACGUGAAGUGGUGUGUCCCGCUGUAGUACUCUUAGUAGUGGUAGUAGUACCGGAUUACGGAUAAGCGUGUUGGUAUUAGUGACCACCCCCAGACAGCAGGACCUUGUCCUGGUUCGUCCGAAGGAUUGUGUCGGCGCAGUUGGCGCUUCCUUGUCAGUGAGUCCGGACGUCCGGUGAAGUAACUGGUGACCCGCUGCGGUAUUGAAGCUUUCCUUUGUUGGUCGUCGAGAUCGAAGCAUUAGAGAUAGCGAGAGGAAUAGUUGUCGUCGCAGCCCAGUGUAGACUAUUAUAGUUGCUAUAUUAAGAUUAUAUAUUCUCCCGUUAAAGUGUCUGAGAGAGAGAGAGAGAGUCAAGAUGGUCGGUCCAAGCUCGCAGGUCAGCAAGCUGCUGCUAUCGUUGCUCUUUUUGUUGAUCGUGUUUUUCGUGUGGAUGGACGUGAACCUGUACAUUCGCAUCCAGGACUAUCCGAUCCGUGACACCGAUCCGUUCCUGAACGCGGCCAACAGUAGUCUACUACUGAAGGCACCGGCAGCAGCAGCAGCAGCAGCAGCAUCGAUAGCUGGUGGUAGCCAUCCGAGUACGGUCACGUCGCCGCUGCUAGUCGUCCCUUCGUCCUCGAUGCCACAGCAACAGCUAAGCCGAUACGUCGUACGAUACGAGGACGUAGCCUGGGUCGGUUGUGAUCUGAAUCCCCUGUGCGAUGUGACGGUGAAGGCGAUGAUGCUCGAUCACACCAAUCACUAUCUGUUUGCACCGAUCGCCACGAUCACGGACAAUGUGGCCGGCUUCUCGAAGGGUGACCUGGUGACACCGAACAUGAUCUCAUUCUUCCACGUGUUCGUCGCGAUCGCCGCCGGACGGAUGGUUGCCUCGGAUUCACUCGGUUAUCGCCGGAUCGGCGUUGUGCUGUUCCAGUUCCGCACCUUCCUCGAUGAUCUCGAUGGUCAUGUGGCGCGAGCGAAGAAGAACAUCCGAGGGGAACGCUCCGACAUUGGAUCGGCCGGAUACUACAUCGAUGGUAUCUGCGAUGGGCUCGGUUGCAUUGCGCUUAUGAUCGGUGUGUUUGUGUUUCUGAAGAACAACCCUCCGCGACGUGGCUACACACAGCUACAGUCCAUCAUACCGGUGACCGAGUCGAAAAGUUCGUCCGAAUCGGGUGUCAUCUAUAAGGUGAAGGUGACGACGAAGAAGGUCGCCCGGAAGGUCCUCUGCUACACCGGUAUGCUGAUGCUGAGCUCCACCGGUUGGAACCGCUACAUAGCGAUCUACCAGGAUAUGCUGGAGCGGGAGGGUGUCACACCGACGCAGUACCUCCACCAGGAGUCCGUGUUCCGGUCGACCGGGUUCUUCUGCAUCGCCUGGCUGUGGCGCAUCUUUAACGUGCACGCGCUGCUCCACUUUCUGCUGCUGAGCAUCUUCUGUGAUAAGCUGUGGGAGUACCUGCGCACGAUACAGUACGCCGGCUAUGUGGCCCUGCUCGUCGUCAUCAGCGUGGCCGAGAUGCAUCUGCUCGGGGUGCAGACGUUCAUCUACAAAUCGCUCACCGCCAGCAAUAGCUCGUUGUGAUUGCACUAGUGUGGUGGCGCUGUGCUACUAGCCCCGGCACACAGCCAUGGCCACAAGCCCAUGAGCCGAACCCACCACCACACCACCACCCCUCCUUUGUGCCUGUCUCUGGUGUAGUGUAGUGUGUUUUGCUGGGCCGCUUGCCUCCACUCUGUCCUGUUUUGUCAUUCUUUUCUCUUUGUUUUUGGUAACUGGAUUUAUUUUACAUUGUUUAUCCUUACGGUGUACGUCUGUGUGCCUGUGUGUACGUGUGGGUGUGUGUGUUUGUGUGAUAAAACACUCUGAUAACUCCGUGUAACACAUGCCUUAGCUAGAAUUCCUGUGAGAAAAAGAAAACAUAGCGGAAAUGCACACAGCAAGCGAUGCGCCAGCUUGUGACUGUAAAGCAGAUGUCUAUAUGAACUCGUUGCGUUGCGUGUAUUCCAACCAAAUAUAUUAAAGAGAGAGAUAUAUAUAUAUAUACACAAAAACACAGAAAUAUGUAUUAGCAUACACCGCAGAGAAUGCAGGUGCAGGGCAGCGUGUUAAGGAGUAGAGAAACACUUUAGGAAUAAUGUGAUCCUAGGAGGCAUGUUAACGAGAAAUGAGGCAAACCGGAACACGGAUGCAGAGAGAUGAACGAACGAUCAAUCACAGUGAACACAGUAAACAGUGAGGCAGCAACGACAGAGAGAGAGUAGCCUUUUGGAUGAUUAUGUUAUCUAAUUAUGUUUUGCUAAUUUGUAUUUUACCGAUCGCAGAUUAACAAGUAGAACUAGUAAACAUUGUGUGCACUAGGUGCAUCCUGUGUGCAUUGUACAGUACAGUUUUGUUAAUCACACACGUGUAACGAAUCCAAGACAGCUGCGAAUGAGUGAGCCCAAGUGUGCCCCGUAUUUUAGAAGAGCCAAGAGAUUUCGGGGAUUUCGUUUCCCUGCUAUUUGUUAAAUCUAACGAUCAAUAUACUUUCUGUUGCAUGUUGCGCGCAAUAAUGCAAUGCGAA